AUGGCAAAAUCAAAGCCUAGCUUGACAGCUUCAACGAAAGCCAUUGACCCCACGCUAGAUGCUCUAUUCGCAAGCAGUGCCGGUCCUGUACAAGUCCCUCCUAAGACAAGAUACUCAGAGCUACCUCCUCCGAAGGAGAAGAAAUCCUCGCAAAAAUCCGAGCAUGUCGGAUCAGAUUCGGACGAUGAUAUCGAGGCAGACGAGGAGCACGAUGAUGAAUCUUUGAGCGAGUUGGAUGAGGAUAUCGAGGACAUUGAUGCUGAGGAUAUUGCCUCGGAUGAAGAAGUAGGGUCUGAAAAUUCAGAGCCUGCAGAAGCAUCAACUAUUUCUCAAAAGAAGGAACGCAAGAGAAAGCGCAAAGAUGAGCAUGAUGACUUGGAGGAUAAAUACAUGCGCAAGAUUGCCGAAGACACCGAGAGGGAGGCGCGAUCUGAUAAGCGCCGGAAGGGCGAAGCUGGUCAAGUUGUGAACGGUACCACCUCUGAAAAAGAAGGAGACUCUGAUGAAGACGAAGCUCCAAUAAUUCACGAGUCGCUUCGGGAGAAGGUAGAAGACCAUGCGGACGUCGAGAUCGAUAAAGCAAACCGCACUUUAUUCCUUGGCAACGUUUCGAUCGAAGCAAUCACCUCAUCUAAAGCCAAAAAGCUUUUGAUGUCUCACCUCUCAUCUCCGUUAUCAACAUUGGAUUCAUCUGGAGAGGAGCAUAAGAUUGAGUCGAUACGUUUCCGUUCGACUGCUUAUUCUACUGGAGCUGUACCAAAACGAGCCGCAUUCAUCACUAAAUCCGUUAUGUCCGCAACAACAAAAUCCACCAAUGCCUACGUUGUCUACUCAACACCGCAAGCCGCACGAACUGCGCUCAAGGCUUUGAAUGGUUCUGUUAUCCUUGACCGCCAUAUGCGCGUUGAUAGUGUGGCGCAUCCCACUGCAGUUGAUAACCGAAGAUGUGUCUUCGUAGGCAACCUCGGUUUCGUAGACGACGAAACUGUGUUAAACACCACUUCUGAAGGGGAAACUACCACCAAGAAGCGAACAAAAGUCCCAUCAGAUAUCGAAGAAGGGCUGUGGCGGACUUUCGGUCAGCACGCCGGCAGAGUGGAAAGCGUCCGUGUCCCUAGGGAUCCGAAGACGCGGGUAGGCAAGGGCUUUGCAUAUGUGCAAUUCUACGACGCCAAUCAUGUCGAAUCUGCACUGUUACUGGACGGCAAGAAAUUUCCUCCGAUGUUGCCCCGAGCCUUGCGUGUGUCCCGCGCUAAGGAUCCGCGGAAGACGGCCCUCGCUGUAGAACGAACUAUGAAGGCCAAACUUGAAGCCUCGAACGGGCGUGAGAAGAAGUCAAGCAGUACGAAACAUAUACCAAAAGUGACACCGGAGCAGCAAUCUCAAGUAGGCAGAGCCGGGAAGCUCUUAGGUAAAGCCGCUGCAGCAAGGCAACGACACGAGUUUAAGGGGGACAGAAAGCAGCCCAGACAGAGGAAUGAGUCAGCAACCAACGGAGCCUUCAAGACGCCAGAGCAGAUUGUCUUCGAGGGUCGUAGAGCUAGCGAAAAGGAUGGCAAACCUAGAGAUUUAAAGUUCGGCAAGACGAAAGGCAAGAAGGGAGUCGUCAAAUCAAAGACGAAGGGUCGAGGUGCCAGAAGAGCAGCUGAAUGGAGAAAGAAGGGCGAAUAG